CCCAAAUCCAAGUCAUCCCAAGAAUCAAAGCCCCGAAGUCAACAACAGUCUUGGAGCUCCGAGGUCUAGAAAUAACCUUACUACAACCACGUUGUCGGGUUUCCUUGUCCUAAAGUCGGCGAUGGAUGCCAUAAGGUCGGCUGGAAGAGCUAUCAUUCGAAGUCCAAUUAUAGCGAAACGGUCUUGGAAUACGGGCAAACAUAAAAAACUUCCUGAGAACUGGACAGACAUAACAGAGACUGUUGUAGAUGGCAUGACCUUUAACCUCCGUCACCUAGGCAUGACCCUGGUGGAUCAGCCCAAAGGAGAGGACCUAUCAGCAGCUGCCGUCAAGAGGAUUGUUGCCACGGCCAAAGCGGGAGGCCAGAAGCCUCAGAAGAUGUCUCUAAAGGUUUCUCCUCAGGGUUUAAUGCUGUACGACAGUCUAACCAACCAGCUACUAGACAACAUCUCUAUAUACAGGAUAUCCUACUGCACGGCAGACAAGCUGCACGACAAGGUGUUUGCCUACAUUUCCCAGAACCCCCUCAACGGAACACUGGAGUGCCACGCCUACCUCUGCCCCAAGAGGAAAGUGGCCCAGGCAGUGACUCUGACUGUAGCUCAGGCCUUUAGAGUGGCCUUUGAGUUGUGGCAGGUUGCUAAGGAAGAGGAAGAGGAGAAGAUGAAGUCCAGCUCGGCUGGAGAAGCAACCAACAGUUCCCAGUCAGAAAGAUCAAACAGCCUACCCAGUCUCAAAGGAGGAAAUGUUGCCACUGGUAACCUACUGGACCUGGAGGAACUGACUCAUGUUGCCGUGGUUCUGGAAACCAAUGGCAACGAGGAGUUCCAGGUGGACAACCACACUGCUCCCGAGGACAAUGAUAACAACAACAUUGUCUGGGAAAUUGAGGAAGACUUGGAUGAGGCUUUUUCUAGACUGGCGGUAUCCCGUACUAACCCCCAGGUCUUGGACAUUGGGGUGACCCCUCAGGAUUGGCUGAUAGAACCGGACUGGGCCAAUGGGAACACACCCAACAAGAACAGGACCAAUAAGAACACAUCAAACAAUAAUACCACCAAUGGGAACGACUUCUUUGGCUUCUGAUCGACCACGAGAGGGCGACCAAGAGGCACAGCCUUUUGAGUCUUUGGCCCAAUCCCAAAUCAACCGCUAGGCCCUAUGCUGGAACUAUACUAUAUUGUGUGCACCUGUCAAGUCCUCUCAGAUCUCCACCAGGACACAGGGUCUAGGGGUCGAUUUGGGAUUGGGCCAUAGAAGAGUAGCCUUUGGUUCCAUUCCAAACCGAUCCCUUGCCUCUGUCCUUGUUCCCUAGUUGACUCCCUCUCCCUUAUAGAUCUGAAAGGACUGAAUAGAGUUGACUUUGGUUCCAUUCCAAACCGAUCCCUUGCCUCUGUCCUUAUUCCCUAGUUGACUCCCUCCCCCUUAUAGAUCUGAAAGGACUGAAUAGGGUCAGAGCUUUGGUUGAGAUUCUAUCAUAUUGUAGAUAUACAUGGGGUCGCCAGGAAGAGUCUAUGGGUAGAUGCUAGGGAUUAUGGGUAGACGCUAGGGAUUAUGGGUAGACGCUAGGGAUUUUGGGUAGACGCUAAGGAUUUGAUUUGGUACCCUAUAUAUUUUUAUAAACUGGGUGCUUCAAGCCCUGAAUGCUGAUUGGCUGAAAGCCGUGGUAUAUCAAACCGUAUACCACGGGUUUAAGAAAACAUGUAUUUUUACUGCUCUAAUUACCUUGGUAACCAGUUUUAUAAUAGCAAUAAGGCACCUCAGGGCUUUUGUGAUAUAUGGCCAAUAUACCACGGCUAAGGGCUGUAUACAGGCACUCCAAAUUCCGUCGCGUACAUAAGAACAGCCCUUCGCUGUGGUAUAUUGGCCAUAUACCCCCUGGCCUUAUUGCUCAAAUAUACCGCUCUGUGUGUCAGCCUACAUUGUUUGGUUAACUUUGUUCUUUCAUUUACUGCAGUAGUAGAUAGUAGUACUAUUUGGACUCUAAUCAGUAUUAUUUUUUCUAUGUGUGUGUAUUUUGUGUUGGUUAUAAUCCUGCAUCAUGAGAUGUGUGAUUGUCAGAUGUAUAUUUAAGCCAUAAAGCCAGAGGAGGUGUGGUAUAUGCCCAAUAUAACACGUCUAAGGGCUGUUCUUAGGCACGAUGUGACGCGGAGUGCCUGGACACAGCCGUGGUAUACAGUCUGAUAUACCACGGCUGUCAGCCAAUCAGCAUUCAGAGCUCGAGCCACCCAGUUUUGAGAUUUGGAGUUAAACCAGUCUUCAUCUGUCACAGUAAAUAUGUAUUAUAUAUAAGAUAUAUAUAGUAUUGAACAUAAAUACUCUCGGUACCAUAAAGACCAAGCAAGACAAUACAUUUCGGUACUCCUUACGUUCUGUGGUUAUAUUGGGCAUUCUUUUACAUACUAGAGUCUGGUUCAGUUGUCAUGAAACAGGAGAAAGCACGUUUGAAAAAAGAGGUACUCCCUGAAUUUCUUUCCAACUUGUUCGAAACUAUUUCUUCUGUUUUGUGCCUGCCUACUUAACGUGACCCAGGAAAGUGAUGUACUGUAGUAAAUUCCUUUCUGACCAGUUUCACCUUGUUCUCUCUACCCUUAUGUCCAAUGGACCAAUGCCCCAUGUAAUACUGUGUACCAGCUGAACUUUAAAUAAAUAAAAAAUUGUUUGUUAUGUAUAUGAAAUUAAA